CAGGAAAUCCCCCCCAGGCUGCCGGAGACAUGAUCUCCAUCACCGAGUGGCAGAGGGUUUUUUCCCUGUGGCCUUUGGCUUCCUGGGUAAUGUCGCCAACAUUCCCUUUCUGAGCGCGGUAAUCUCACCACCUUAGAGACCCCACGGAGCUCCCACUUGGCCCACGGAAGCAAGCCUCAGGACGCCCAGAGCUAGGACUGCCUCUCCUCACCAGGAUGCGCUCACUGGCUUGGUGGCCGCUGCUGCUGUCCCUCUGUGCCACCUGUUUCAGGGAAAGACCUGGAGAAGUGGCAGCCAUGGAGACGCCUGGUGCCACAGACCAGCGGCCGGGACCCCCGGCGACCCUCCCAGACCCUUGGGAGCAGGGCCUGCGAUGCUCGGAGGAGAAGCAGCCCUCCUCGGCCAGGCUGAGUCCUCGGGGAGCCUCCCUAUGCCCGCCCUCUGAGGGUUCCACGGAGCCCCAGAGGCCCGGCCCGUGCGCCUCCGGCAGCCGCCUCAUCCCCGCCCCGAGGGGCGCGGUGCUGGUGCAGCGCGAGAAGGACCUGUCAGCCUACAACUGGAACUCCUUCGGUCUGCGCUACGGCCGGCGGCGGGCGGUGCCCGGACAAGAACCCGGCGGGCGCGGCGGGGCUGAGGCCCAGGUGACGCGCGGUGACAGACUGACACUCUACCGCACGAGGUUGCGCGAAGGCUGAUAGUGGGGUGCUUCUGGCCUGAAGCAAUAAAGGCAAUGCAGCCUA